AAUAUCUCUUGUAGUCAUUGUUUUUAAAUCUACCUCUUCUUGUAGCAAUGUGAUAUCAGAAAAGAAUUUGUAGGAGAAGCAAUGGAGAAAAACAAUAUCCCAGUAAUUGAUAUGCAAAACUUUCCAGGAAACGACGAGAAAGUUCUGAGGGAGGCAUUGGAAGAAUGGGGUUGUUUCAGGUUAGUGAAUCACAGCAUACCCAUCUCACUAAUGUCCGAGUUUAAGGCAGUUGUGAAGUCUCUGUUCGACCUUCCUAUCGAAAUCAAGCAACGCAACACCACCCCUUUAGGAUGGAGUGGCUACGGCACAUUCAAGGAGCACGAGGCCCUGACUAUGUUUGACGUAGUAUUUCCUCAAGCUGUGCAAGAAUUUUGUUCUCAGCUUGAUGUCUCUGAUUAUCAAAGGAAGCUGGUAAUUGAGUCUUAUUCCAAGUCCGUGAUGGCUCUUUCUGUUGAAAUAAUGGAAAAGUUGGCUGCGAUUUUGGGAGUGAAGAAUUACCGGCACUCAUUUGAUGAUUGGCAAAUGUUUUUGAAGAUGAGCAAGUAUAACUUCACCCCUGAAACUAUAGCCUCUGACUGUGUGGGGCUUCCGUCGCACGUAGAUGACAGCUUCCUGACCAUCCUCGAUGAUGAUUCGGCUGGCCUGGAAAUACUAAACGACAAAACUGGUGAAUAUGUUGCUGUUGAUCCAGUGCCAGGAAGACCUCUAGUCAUUUUUGGAGAUUUUGUUACUGCUUGGAGCAAUGGGAGAUUCCAUAAUGUGAGGCACAGAGUGAUAGGCAAGGUAACCACAGGGAGGGUUUCUAUUAAUUCAUUUCUGAUGGGACCAAGGGACGGACCGGUGGAAGCACCAGCAGAGCUGGUGAGUGAUGAGCAUCCGCGUCUCUAUGUUCCUUUCAACUGGGAGGACUACAGGACUCGUCAAUACGCGUCGAAAGAUCCCUGGGAAGGUGGCCUUGUCCAUGUACUUGCUCAUCCUAUAAAAUCAUGAGUGCAGAAUGGUGAAGUACUGGGUUUCCAUGCAUUUCUGUGUUUACAACUUGUGUAAUGAAUAAUAGGAAGUUCUGCACUUCCAUAUGCCUGUUAUUGUGAGAUUUUUCAGGUGCUUUAAUAUGUUCUAACUUCUGUGUGUGUUAGUGCUUUUAUGGAGUGUUAUUUGGCAGCUAUAAGAGCUGCUGUGCUUGUACUCAAAUCAUGCAUGUUGAUUUCAAUGUAAUGGAACGUUUGUGUGUAAUGGAUAUUGCUUCCAGUUAUGUUGAUGCUCUA